GGCUGCUAGCGCGCGCCCGUCGCCAGCUCAGUCCCCUGCCUGCCGCCCGGACGCCCCGGGACCCUGAGCUGCGUGCACCCGUUGGGCUCUUUACCGCCACCGACUCCCCCCCGCCGACCCCAUUCCCAAGCGGUCGCUGCCGCCAGGACAUGGUCCUUUGCGUCCCGGGGUCUUGUCCUUUGCUGGCUGUGGAGCAGAUCCGGCAGCGGCCCCUACAGGCCCAGUCCCUGGAACUGCCUGUGCCAGUCAUGCAGCCCCUGCCUGCUGGGGCCUUCCCAGAGGAGGUGGGAGAGGAGACCCCAGUCAAGCCAGAGAGUGAGACAAAGGUGCUAGAUCCCGAAGAGGAUCUGCUGUGCAUAGCCAAGACCUUCUCCUACCUCCGUGAAUCUGGCUGGUAUUGGGGUUCCAUUACAGCCAGCGAGGCCCGGCAGCACCUACAGAAGAUGCCAGAGGGCACAUUCCUGGUACGAGACAGCACCCACCCCAGCUACCUAUUCACCCUGUCAGUCAAAACCACCCGCGGCCCCACCAAUGUGCGCAUCGAGUACGCGGACUCCAGCUUCCGCCUGGAUUCCAACUGCUUGUCCAGACCUCGCAUCUUGGCCUUCCCGGAUGUGGUCAGCCUUGUGCAGCACUACGUGGCCUCCUGUGCUACUGACACCCGGAGUGACAGCCCCGAUCCUGCUCCCACCCCAGCCUUGCCUGCGCCUAAACAAGGUGCCCCUGGCGACCCGGCGCUGCCUGCCCCGGUGGCAACCGCCGUGCACCUGAAACUGGUGCAGCCCUUUGUGCGCAGGAGUAGCGCCCGCAGCCUGCAGCACCUGUGCCGCCUCGUCAUCAAUCGUCUGGUGGCCGACGUGGACUGCUUACCGCUGCCCCGGCGCAUGGCUGACUACCUCCGACAGUACCCCUUCCAGCUCUGACUGGGCCGGGCACCCCGCUCAGCCUCACACGGCCACAUUCUGGGGGGAGGGGAAACCACAGACCCCAAGCUGGAUUUGGGCUCCUGCUAUCCUUCCUUCAGUCAUCUUGGUGCCUGCACGCAUGUGGCAGCUGGACCAGAGCGCGCCAGCACUGUGGGGGUGGGCGGGAUUGGGGAGGAGGGAUUGCCACACAGGUUGGAGGCCCGUGCCUCCAGGUGCCCUGUGCCUCCGUUGUGACAAACCGUGUGUCGGGACAGAGAGACAGGCAGGACCUUGUCUCGCCUUGUAGGCUGGGUUUGGGCCUCCACUGAUUUGUCUAAACUGUGUAAACUGAAUUUGCUACCUGAACUGUGGACACUCUCCCAGGCCUGGUUUCUCAAAUCUGCAGGAUGGGGCAGGCCCCCGACCCAGCCAUGGAGCAGCCAGCCUCUGUUUCCAGAAAGAUGACAGUCGGGGGGGAAUUGAACUUGAUAGUGCCUCUGGAGGUGGGGGAGCCAGCCAGGCUGGAGGAAUACACACAGUUAUACAGUAUUUAUUUAUUUAUUCUCGUUGGGGCUGGUUGCCAGGAUGACCCACCCCCCCUCUCUGCCCUGAGCCCUGGGUGGGUCUUCCCUGUGGAGAACCCCAUCGUGAGAUGCAUUGCUGGACUCAAAAGCAUUUUUGAAUGUCUUGGCCCUGACCAGCCUGCCUGUGCCCACUGCUCUUCCCACAGUCCUGGUUUGGGAGGGUAAACAGAGAAGAAAAGAGAGCCCGAGCCUCGGUCCCCAGCAGAACCUGUGCUCGCCCCAUCUCAGGGUUGUGCCAAGGCUUCACAGAGCUGGCCUCGCUGUGACACGGGCCUUGAGGACAGCCUGUGUUGGGACAGCAGGAGGGCCGGAGGUGCUGGCUCAAGGGCUGCUGUCAGCUCUCAGCUUUCUGCCCCCGGGGAAGGUUCCUGCAUGUGAGAGAGGGAGAAAUGUAUAGCUGGUGAGACUUUAUAAAAUAAUUAUCAUAAUGCAAAAAACCUAAUUUGGUAGUCUUUUUCUUCCACUGGACUUUUCUGUAAUGACAAUAAAAUACCUUCCAUUUGGGAAGCCCUCAGUGGGGCCUCUUGAAUUCUGUA